ACCCUCCUGUCAACAAGGUCGCAGGGCCAUUUGGCGGGGAAAGCUAUCCUUUGGCGGGGAAAAUUAUCCAACGAACCCCGGGCCAAGCGAGCGAAAGUCAACCAGUUCCAGUCCAAUCCAAUCCAAACCGCCACGCUUUUCCUUAAUCCACUCCCCCAUUCUCUUGAUCAAGAAUCCCCCUUUCUAACCCUAAUUUCCUCUCCCGAUUCCGCUUCGCAUCAAUCGUUGACUUGAUUGAGCUCCUCUUCUUCUUUCAUUAACCGACAUGGACGACAUGAAAGACAAGUUCAAGGGCUUCAUGAAGACCACCUUCUCGUCUUCCUCCUCCGCUAAAUUCAAGGGCCAAGGCCGAGUCUUGGGAUCGUCUUCUUCCUCCGGCACCGCCGAUUCGGUCCUCACUCGCCCUAAGCAGACUCCCCAAUCCAAUCCCAAACCCCUUCCCAAUUCGAAUUCGAAUUCUUCGGUCGCCUCCCCAAAUCCCAGGCCUUCGCCUCAGAAAGCGCAGAUUCUUGAUCAGAAGAAAACGCAAAUUCCUGACCAGAGCAAGGCGGAGCCGUCGGGCAAUUCGAAGCCUGAUCGGAAAACGGAUUCUGGGUUUGAUCCGUUUGACUCUCUGAUCACGCCGGGGAAGAGAUCCCAAAACGGGUUUACGCUAAAUGUAUUCGAAUGUCCGAUUUGCGGGCAAUCGUUUAGGUCGGAAGACGAGGUAUCCGUGCAUGUAGACAGCUGUGUUAAUGCUCCUGUGGAACACAAAAGUGUAGAGGGUGUUGGCGUUUCGGGGUCGCCGGAUAACGGGUCUGAUUCGUCGAGGAGUGAUUUGGAAGCUUGCAUUGGUACCUUUGCUUCGGGAAAUCCAGCUGCAGGGUCGGUUGAGGUUGUUCUUAGGCUGUUGAGGAAUAUAGUUAAGGAACCGGAGAACGUGAAGUUUAGAAAGAUUCGGAUGAGCAAUCCGAAGAUACGGGAGGCCAUUGGUGAGGUUGUGGGAGGCAUUGAGUUGCUGGAGUUUGUGGGGUUUGAAUUGAAAGAGGAGGAUGGGGAGAUGUGGGCAUUGAUGGGGGUUCCUAAGGAGGAACAAAUUAGUUUAAUGAAAAAGGCAAUAGCAUUACUGGAACCGCCGAAGGUACAAGAAGUAGACAUUUUGCCAUCCAUUGCUUCACUGAACGUGGAUGAACCAGUUGAACCAAAGAAGGUCGACCGGCAGACGAGGGUCUUCUUUUCGGUCUCUGAAAGUAUGGCAGCAAGAAUUGAAGUACCAGCAUCUUUCUACAACCUCACAGCUACGGAGCUGAAAAGAGAAGCUGAAAUGAGAAAGAAAAAGAUUGAAGAUUCACAGAUGUUGAUCCCAAAGUCGUUCAGGGAAAAGCAGGCGAAAGCUGCUAAAAGGAGAUACAGAAAAACUGUUAUCCGGAUCCAGUUUCCCGAUGGAGUGGUGCUCCAGGGCGUUUUUUCUCCUUUGGAGCCAACUAGCUCAUUAUACGAGUAUGUGAGCUCAGCAUUGAAGGAGCCUAGUUUGGAAUUCGAGCUGUUAAAUCCUGUAGCUAUCAAACGGCGGGUGAUCCCUCAUUUUCCAGCAGCAGGAGAGAAAGCCGCAACACUAGCUGAUGAGGAUUUGAUGCCCUCGGCUCUUGUCAAGUUCAAGCCCAUCGAAACAGAUUCGGUUGUUUUCACAGGGCUGUGUAACGAACUCCUCGAAAUAAGUGAACCACUUACGAGCGGUUCAGCUGUUGCUCCUGUAUAAGCUUUUAGCCGUCGGUAUCUUGCUGCAUUUGCUUCUCCCAUUCAUGUUGUAAUUGUUGAGCCAAAUAAUCCUUUGGAUGUUCAUUUUUUCGCCUUACAUACACAAUAGACCACGCAUGAGAUGAAGCGUAUUUUUUUGUGAUGUUGAUUUCCCUUGCCGAAAUCCCAAUGAAUUUUAUCUUUGUAA